AUGGCCCAAGUCUCAGAGCCACCUUACCAAACCGAAAUAUAUAUACGUAGGAAGUCUAAUGAUUUCGAUGAAUACCUCCAAGAUCCUGAUCAAGAAUUGUUAAAUAAUGAUACUUCCUUACCAAACGGUUUACGGAGAUUACGAGAAGAUUGGCCUCCAAAAAAAAAUAGCCCAAAAAAAAUUAAUCAUCUUGAAAUUGCCCGGUUUUCAACGGAAUCGCUACAUAGUUAUAAUUUUGUCUCAAGCGAUGCUUCAAUGUACGAAAAUAGGCAAAAUAUUCUUCGUCGCUCCAUUGAUUUCAUGAAAAGCAAAAUAAAAGGAUGGAAAUUUUUAGAUGUGCAUCAGGUUCUAUUUUCACUCGUGGAACCUGCAACUGGCUCAUCUACAGAUAUUGUUCUUCCUCAAGAGGAAACCGAUGCUGAUGAGUCACGUUCACCUCGAAAACCUAAAGGAACAUUAGGUUCGUUUUUAGAUAUCCCGGCAUUAUACCAACCUAUAAAUUCGCCAUCUACUUUACAUUCCCCUACAAGGUUCACACCACAAAAUCAAGCUAUUAUUACUACAGAUCAUCAGGGAAAUAUAUUAAAUGCCAACGACAUUGCUUGCUUGAUAUUCAGUUAUUCACGAGCUGAAAUAUCAACCAUAAAGGCAUUUGACCUGAUUGCCAGCCCUUAUAGGGAAAAGCAAGAAAAAUCUCUUGCUUUAAGACCUCAAAAUAAUCAUGAUAGUUGUGAAGCUGUGUUGGCUUGCGGUAAAGUAAUUCCGAUUCAGAGGAAGAAUAAGGAAACAUCCGCUGCUUCUUUAUGGCUCAAAGCCAAAAAAGAUGAUGUAGGAAAUUCCAUUUUCAUUUGGAUAUUUGAAGAGAUUGUUGAAUCCAUGAUGAUUGCUGAAAUAGACGAUAAGGGUAUAAUAUAUAGUUCAUCUGGUGACGUAAAAGCCUUGUAUGGUUACACUCCCGAAGAAAUUAUUGGAAUGCGCGUGACCACCUUAAUCCCCUCAUUGGAAGUUAUCCCUGCAUAUGAGAAUGAUAAGAAUGAUAUGGAUAUUGACGAUGAAAGUGUUUUGAAUUCACCCAAUACACAAUUAGAUAUCGAACAAAUAAAUAAAACCAAAUAUUAUGGAAGUCGGUCAAAAAAUUGUGCAAAGUUUCCAAUCAUCGGAAAAAUAUCGACUCAAUCAGUUCGGGAAGCAAUGCAAGAUCAAGGAUCUACCAUAUACCGACUUAAAAUUAUAUCUAUGCCUACUAUUGCUGGCGUUAUAACUGCACAUGCAACUGGUAUCAUUCAGUCAUGUAAUUCUGUCUUUGUCAAAUACCUAUUUGGUGUGGGAUCUCAAGAGUUAGUCGGAAAACGUUGUAUUGAGUCACUUUUACCUCAAUUUCCUCGUCUUAUUGGUGUACUUACAUCAGAACGAUCUCUUGUUGAAGGGGUUUUAAUUUCAGAGAAUGCCUUUAGACGUGCGGCUGCAUCUAUCUCUUCUACAUCAACAGAUAAGUUUAUUUAUUCUCAUACAAAGGACUUUUCUUCUACUACUCCCCCUAUACCGGGGCCUUCUGGUAUAAUAGCUAUACAUAGGGAUGGUACUGAAUUUGACGUAGAUAUUCAAAUGCGUGUUGUUGAAUCCCCUGAUGAGCCAUUGCAUGCAUUGUGGAUUACUUAUGAUCGUAGUGCCAAUUUCGCAAAAGAACAAACAUAUUUUGAUCGUGUUGAAAAUCAUGAAAAUCAUGUUGAGAAGCUUGAAAUUAGUAGGAAUAUAGAAGACGACAAAAUACAAGAGGAAAAAGAAAAUUUUCAUAUAUCUAAAUUCAUAGCAGCGGGAGGCAAACCUCCUUUAACUACACAUCUUUCUUCCGAUCGGCAAAUAAUUACACCUCCUGUGAUGUCACCUGCACCUGAGCCUUUCGAUCCAAUGUCAUAUUCAGCAAUAACAUUGGCAAAGACAAUUGAUGAUUUUGAAAUAUUAGAUAACUUAGGCCAGGGUGCUUAUGGCCAAGUCAAGUUAGCUUAUAAUAAAAAUGACCUUGAAAAGAAAAGAGUAGUGCUCAAAUAUGUCGUGAAGUCACGAAUACUUGUGGACUGUUGGACUCGUGAUAAAGUACUUGGUACUGUCCCAUUAGAGAUUCAUAUCCUUCAUACAUUAAGACGAUUUCCUCAUCCAAAUAUUGUACAAAUGGUGGACUUUUUUGAAGAUGAUGACUAUUAUUAUAUAGAAAUGGGUUUGCACGGUGCUGGUAUGGAUCUCUUUGAUUAUAUAGAACUGAACACUACAAUGGCUGAAGAUGAGAUAAAACUUAUUUUCCGUCAAGUUGCACGUGCUAUCCAGCAUUUACAUCAUAGAAAUAUCGUCCAUCGCGAUAUUAAGGACGAGAAUGUGAUACUCGACGAAAAUGGGAACGUUCAAUUGAUUGAUUUUGGAUCUAGCGCAUAUAUAAAAGCAG